AUGAGUGCGAAAGAAAAAAUAGAUGCAGAAAAUUAUGAAAAUAUUUGUUUAUCUUGUAAAAACGACGAGAUAAAGAAAUAUCGAGUGUUAGUAAAUAGCGGUCGUUCACAGUAUAACUUCUUGGAAAUAUUUCGAGAGAAAUUUGGUGUUUUUCUGGAAUGCCUCUGUGAAAUUUACCCGCGCUGUUUCCUAUGCCGACGAUGUGUGCAAGAAAUAAAGCGACUUGUAAGCGCGGAGAACACUAUAAAUGCUGUGAACAAGUAUUUUAAUGAAUUAUUCAAAGAACGGGAAUUAGAAUCCAUUUCGAAAAUAGAAGGCAAGAGGUUAUGUCACAACACCAGCUUCGAAAUCCCCACUUCAAAAAAAGUGAAAACUUACCUCGCAUAUAACGAACAGGGAGGAAAUAGCCAUUCCAGUCAACAGUACAGUUCAUCUUUGUUCUCAAUCCAACCACAAAUUGCAUAUCCUAACCACAUGUUUAUACCGCAACCUUAUGCUGGAUUAGCUGUUGGUAGUGUUACUGUCCAGUCGCAACGACUGCCGUUGGCUAUGAAUCAUAAUAACUUUGACAUACAGAAUGAGGGCAUCGAUUUUGUCAAUGCCUCUGCGACGUCUACACCCAAAAAGCGUCAAGUACCAACAAACACAGAGCCGACAGUGGUCACAGUGUCUGUUAAAUACCCAUCGAAAUCAAAGCAGAAGCAACUCAGGGGUGAUUUUGCAAAACUUGGCAAAGCUUUAGUGCACGAAAAUAAUGUUGGAAUUGCAAACACUGUUACUAAAUUGAUACACCUGCGCGAGAAGGUAAUUGAAUGCAUAUUGCGACUUUUGAAGAAAGAAAUUGAGGAUUUGUGUUCUACGGGAAAGCCAUCUUUGUUACGGGGUACAACAAAGGAAAAACUUUAGAGUUUCAAGUUAGAAAAACUUUGUGAAGAAUGGGCAGAGCGAGCACCAUUAUUUUAUUCCUUUUUACGUGUUUGUUGUUUCAAGUCAAACAAAGAAGAUGCCAAUUGGUGCCCCGGGAUGGCUAUGGCUGGUAGCGUGUUACUGAAACAACGCAAUAAACACAUGAACGCAAUGGCUGCAAUAAUUGGAAUGACACUGAAAACUUCAUCAACAUCGGUAUGAUAUUAAUUUAAUUUGUACAAUUUAUAUUCAACUUGAUAAAACAUGAGACAAUCUAGUAAUAAAUCUUGUCCCUUCAUAUCAAAGAGUACUAUAUAGCAUAGACAUAAAAAUGCUAUGCAUAGAAGCCCAUAGCGUUAUAUACUAAGAAUGGUCUUGAUUUCUGUGUUAUGGGUGAAACUAUUUUAAUAUUACAUUAUUCAUGUUUAGGUUUAUGAUCAAAAACCGUACCUUUUUUGUUUGUUAAAUAUGCAUGCAUGUAAUAAAGUAUGCACUAUUGUACAUAUCUCAGGUACUUGACACUUGUAGUAUGUUCUACGUGUAUGAUUAAAAGGCAAACGCAUUGACAUUGUAUAAACCCUUGGCCUUACGGAGUUAUGGCUUAUAUUUUCAAAACAAACAAACACAAAAUGAACAGGCUUACAGUAAUUCAAAUGGCAUUACCGUCUAUAUCAUGGCCAGAUUUUGAGGGGAUGUGUGGGGAGGUGCGCAUCUCCCAUAUAUACCUCCCCUGAGAUCGUUUUGCACCUCCCCCGAGAAUUUUUGCACCUCACCUGAAAAGUGAACGCACCUCCCAUCGGGAAAGUUUCAAUGAUAAAUCAAAGUGAAUAUUUGACAUUGCUUAGGGUCGAUAUUUCAUAAAAACAGUGAUAUAGCCAUCUGUGUCAAAUACCGUUUUAUUAAUAAUGCAAUGUUUUGCUAACAUGCAUAUGUCACGUUGACUUUAGCCUGUUCUAAGCCAUAACUUUCAGAGCAUUUUUUAAUAAUUCGUCAGUGGGGAGGGGGGGGGGCAUUUUAAAUUAAUAGUAGGGAGGCGGGUCUGGGGUAUUCUCCCCCAGAAAAUUUUUGUGUUUUUCUACCCCUAUAAUUGCAAUUCCCUGCAUUUUCUGAAACAGAUUUUUGGAUAUACAGCCAUUACAUUAUGCUGUUGAUAGACUGAACCUUCAGUUAAGUACUUGCAUAUUAUGUUUAUAUAUGUAGAUACCACAACUUGGCUGUCACUCAGGGAGCCAGGUUGAUAAACUUAGAGGGCCCGACUCCCACGAAGCGCCACCAUGGUUGGCACAGAGCGGAAAAUUUUUGAAAAUUUUGCGUCUCUAAAUUGUCGGAAAUGGCAUUUUCAAAGUCUUCUCUGCCUCUUUUGUUAGGCCCUUUCAUUAAUUCGUUCAUUACGAUUUGUGAGUCUAUGCUAUCCGUGAGUCAGGAUGGAUUAUUGCGAGAAAUGUUAUCAAAAUAUCGAUUACAGAUAUUUGAUUAUAUAUAUAUAUAUAUAUAUAUAUAUAUAUACGAUUUCAAAUACUUCUAGUUUCGAAAUCAAUUGGGUUUUUUUGGUGGGGAGCCAAAAUUAUUUCCCCCCCCCCCUUAUAAAACACUGGGUCAAGGGCCCGUUGCCCCCUGCAUCACUAACUUGUUUAGCCGAGCCUUCCAACAACUCAAAUCUAGAGGGUCUGGGAAAUGCAACCCACAGGAAAAUGUUUAACAUCUAAUAAGGUAUUUACAACACAAUGUUUAGCAUUAAGGAUAUAAAAGACAGGACAUAAGAUUCACAAACCAAAUUUCAGUUACUAGAAUAUCAAACCUCCCUUCUAAAUUCCAUGUUUUGCUUAUAUUUUAGAGAAAAGGGACUUUGACUGGGGGCCAAAAUAGUUGAGUGGGGGGGGCCGCCUUGGGGGCUGGGUUAUAUAGUUAAAAAAUGCCCUGAUAACUUUCCAUGGGGGUUGUGACCGCUGCACCUCCCCUAAAUUUUUUUCCCACUUCUCCCACUAUUUCCACCAAAAUCCGGCCUUCAGGUCUAUAUGUAAGAAGUAUGUGUUACAUCAGGUUAAAAAAUCCAAGUUCCAUAUGAAAAUCUUAUAUUCUUUUCAGACAGUAAUUAGUACUUUUGCAAAGCUUAAACUAAGUUGCUGCAAUCUUACUAUCCUAAAGAAGAUGGAUGCUUUGAGACAAAACCAUGACGAGAUGCUACAAAAUGCAAAACAACAGAUAGAAGAAAGUUACAAAGAUGGAAAGUUUGGCCCUUCAUCUCAUCCUGGUUUUUCCAUCCCAUUCGACAACAUAGAUGUUACGAUUGGUCGACGGCAUAUGACAAUUGCGCAUCAGAAUCAGGACUGUCACUGGGUCAAUCAUAUAUACGUACAGAAUCGGGUUUCAGGUAACUAUUUGCCUGCUAGUGGCUGCAGCCAGGACAUUGAUAAGUUAGACAAUAUUGAUAUACUCGUCAGUUCACAGGAUGAGAAGAAGCAAAAGUUUGAAUAUGGAAUUCUAGUAUCGCGUUUCCUGGUUGAGCAUUUCAAGCAAUUUGAAUUUCUGAAAAAAGUAUGUAUUUUGCAUAUCACACAUCGAUAUACCAAAGAAAUGGGGACGAAAUCUGUCAAGGUGUGUCCAUUAGGCCAAGUAAAAUAAUUUGGUUGGCGUCCCUGCCUGACCAGUAAAAAAGCUCCCCGACCCAUAUUUUUUUAGUUUUUAUUAAUUUAUUAUAUAAAUACCUUAAAAAUCUUAUAUUCCAAAAGAAUAUGUCAACAUUUAUAUAAAUAAACCAACAUUCACAGCCGGUGUUACAAUUGUCAGUAGUUGACUAGUGCUGGGGUGUGAUACACACGGUUAGCACAAUUUUCCAUCCAGCAAACUGAUCUCAGACAUCAUUUUCGGGAGAUGGAAGAGGUGUUAAAUUUAUAUGUAACUAACCCAAACCCUACCCCUACUCUAACCCCUAACCACAACUCUAACCAUAUAUCCAUAACUGAAUUAAUAAAAAAAUCCAAAAAUAAACGCCUUUUUUUUUAAACGACCAGGGCAUUUUGCUGGAUGGAAAAUAGUGCUAACCGUGAUACACACAAUUGCUAUAAAUCCUCAAUAUAAUAAAUAUGCUCAUAUUUUAUAUCCCUGGGAACAAGGCUGAUUUUAUAUAGUUACAAAUAAAAAAAUAACACCCCUCCCCUCCCCUAAAAAUUAAGAAAAAAGGACGCUAGGGCCUUUUAAAUCACUUGCACACAUUUUAGUAAAUUCAUAAUUUCCGUUUUACAGAGUCACAUUCUCAGUUACUAUUAAAUGUUAAAUUUCUUAUACAGGAGCACUUAGGAAUCAUAUUUAAAAAUGAAAAUGCAAAUGAUGAGAUGAUCGAGAUAUUGAAACAACUUCAGUCCUAUCUGCUAUGCCACACAAAUGAAGAUGAGAUGCAGUUCGAACCACAAAUAUUAGCUGGUGAUCAGUUGACAGUUGAGCAAACCAUCAAUGUUAAACAGUCUGUAAGCAAUGGGUAUAAAGCAGAAGAUCGUCUAGAAGGGAUUAUUAUGCAGCUGGGAGAUUGGCAUACUGGUCUCAAAAUACUUUCGGUAAGAUUGUAUAUGUAUGUAUUUAUCAUGUUGAUAGAUGAGUGAUGGGUCAAUCAUAUAGUGAACUGUAUUAUAUAGUUAUUAUAUAAAGAAACCAUCAGAUUGCAAGGUGACUACGUAUUCCCUAGAAUUUGUAGGAUACAGUGGCACUGCUAUUUUCAUCAUAUGUCCGAAUCCAAUUUGAACAUAAACAACUCUAGCUAUUAUUUGCCACAGUGGUGUAAAUAUAACAGUCCAAUAGACUUUUCAUAAAAUUUAAUCUAAUGAAGAUGAGAUGCAGUUCGAACCACAAAUAUUAGCUGGUGAUCAGUUGACAGUUGAGCAAACCAUCAAUGUUAAACAGUCUGUAAGCAAUGGGUAUAAAGCAGAAGAUCGUCUAGAAGGGAUUAUUAUGCAGCUGGGAGAUUGGCAUACUGGUCUCAAAAUACUUUCGGUAAGAUUGUAUAUGUAUGUAUUUAUCAUGUUGAUAGAUGAGUGAUGGGUCAAUCAUAUAGUGAACUGUAUUAUAUAGUUAUUAUAUAAAGAAACCAUCAGAUUGCAAGGUGACUACGUAUUCCCUAGAAUUUGUAGGAUACAGUGGCACUGCUAUUUUCAUCAUAUGUCCGAAUCCAAUUUGAACAUAAACAACUCUAGCUAUUAUUUGCCACAGUGGUGUAAAUAUAACAGUCCAAUAGACUUUUCAUAAAAUUUAAUCUAAUGAAGAUGAGAUGCAGUUCGAACCACAAAUAUUAGCUGGUGAUCAGUUGACAGUUGAGCAAACCAUCAAUGUUAAACAGUCUGUAAGCAAUGGGUAUAAAGCAGAAGAUCGUCUAGAAGGGAUUAUUAUGCAGCUGGGAGAUUGGCAUACUGGUCUCAAAAUACUUUCGGUAAGAUUGUAUAUGUAUGUAUUUAUCAUGUUGAUAGAUGAGUGAUGGGUCAAUCAUAUAGUGAACUGUAUUAUAUAGUUAUUAUAUAAAGAAACCAUCAGAUUGCAAGGUGACUACGUAUUCCCUAGAAUUUGUAGGAUACAGUGGCACUGCUAUUUUCAUCAUAUGUCCGAAUCCAAUUUGAACAUAAACAACUCUAGCUAUUAUUUGCCACAGUGGUGUAAAUAUAACAGUCCAAUAGACUUUUCAUAAAAUUUAAUCUAAUACAAACAUUACUACUACAUAGUACAAGAUUAUCCUACCCAUACAAUAAGUUAUGGAAAUUUACUGUUAAUUAUAAUGACAGGAUAUUAGACAAAAUAAUUAUAAAUUUAAAUUCUUGUUUACAGAUGAUAUAUCAACGAUUUUAUUCAGCCAAAUCAGAUGGCGAUAUGUGCACAAUGUUUUCUGACAGGACACUUAUCAACAGAAGAAAUGUGUUAAGUGAUCCUAAGAAUGCCUAUGCCCCUAAUAGGGAUUUUUUGUUGCUUGAGUUUUAGGCACGAGUCAUUGCAGCUGCAAUGAAUGUUUUAGGGUUUGAAUCUCUAACAGCAGCACCAAGUAAAUUCCCAAUUCCAGAAGGUUUGCAUAAUAAGCCAAGAUCUGAGCAGAUAAAGUAUUUAAAUGAUGCAGCGGGCAAGAUAGUUGAUGAACUUGUAUUCACCCAUGAAGAUUCAGAUCAUCUUAUUGAUGGUAUUUUAACCACACAAGAGAGAGAAAAUAUGGUGAGAAACCAGCAACUGACAACAGAUAAAAGAUUCCCAUGUCGUUUUGAGGGAUGUGACAAAUCAUUUAAAUAUGAUGGGAAAAGCCGUCAGAAACAUGAGCAGACUCAUAAUCCCCCACCUCAGGUUAAUCAGUCUGUGCAUUCUACAACUUAGAUCCCAAUUACAGAUGAUCAUAUUGAUGACACAAAAGAUGAUGUGUAUAGUUACAACUGUGCUCUGCUUGCACAUGGUCUUUUUUUCCACAACUUUUUAGAUGCUGUUAAAGAGGGAGAUGGCAGAAGAAUAAUGAGACAAUACAAGUAUCUUUUAUUGUAUUGCAAAGCUGAUAAUAAUCACAGUGUCAAAUAUGCACUUGAGUGCUUGUAUCAGAUGUUUCUUGUGAAUGGGCUUCUUUCCCCUAGAGAUGCUCAUAGAUAUAUUUGGAAUAGAAGUGUUAAUAAUAAUGGGAUGGUUGGAAAGAAUAUACCACUAGACCUCGAGGUAGAACAUAGUAACAAAUUCUUAAAACAAGCAAUCAAGAAUCUUGGCCCUAAUGUCACUCCAGCUGCAGUCUCAAGAAUAUGUGAAGCAGAAAAAAGCACAAGGAUGAUACUAAGAAAUUUACAAGAAAGCAUUUGCCACAAGGGAAAGAGUGGUAAGCACACAGCUCGAAGUACAGACAAAGAUCUAAAGGUGAUUGUUGACAAACUUGUAGAAAACCAUGUUUUUACAAAACAGGAUGGCCGCUGUUACAAAAGUUUAUGUGGAUUUGUACGAAAUCCAUUAUCUCAACUGGACAUGUCGAUCAUUUUCAAUUGGAUAAAUGAACAUAAGAAAAAUGUAAAAUUAAACAUUAAAGCAAGAUAA